GUGAAGGGUGCAAGGAGUUUUGAAGAACUCAGGACAGUUGAUGGAGUCAUACACUCGACGUUUAGAGAAGCUUGCUCUGCCCGUAAUAUGUUAAAUGACGAUAAAGACUAUAUAGAUGGACUUAUAGAACAAAGCCAUUGGGCAACAGCGCAUGAACUUCGCAUCACAUUUGUUCAUCUUUUACUACAAGAGUCAUUAUCUAUGCCCAGUAUGGUUUGGGAGAAGUGUUGGUCCUAUCUAUCUGAUGAUAUACUCUACACUAUUAGGAAGAACCUCAAUGAUCAAGAAUUGCAGCUGGAUGAGAAGCAAAUAAAGAAUUAUUGUUUGUUGGAAGUUGAAAAACUUCUACAACAUCGUGGAAAGUCUCUAUUCUACUAUGACGGAAUGCCUCGAGUAACGGAUCUUGACAUCCCCUCUCUUGAUGAUGUUUUGAUACACGAGGAAUUGAGAUAUGACAAACAUGCUUUGGCGGAGGAACAUGAUAGAUUAAUUUCCGCGUUGACAGAGGAUCAAAAGCGUGUUUACGAGACAAUAGUGAGUUCUGUGGAGGCCAACCGUGGCGGUGUGUUCUUCUUAUAUGGACACGGUGGUACAGGGAAAACAUAUCUGUGGAAGACCUUAUCAGCAUAUAU